GUGUGUUGUGGGUUUGUGUUUGAGCGGGAGGGGGGAUGGGAGGCUCCCGUUGCUCCAGGAGGUUCGGUUCUUCUCCACCACUCGGAGAUCAGACGUCCAGGAUGAAGCAUCUCGUCCUCCUAGUCGCUCUGCAGGUGUUCACCUGCGCCCAGGUGGGCGGAGCAGAAAAUGGGGAACAGCAGCUUGACACCAGCCUCCCGGAAUUCAGUGACGUGUGCACGGAAGGAAGCUGUUACCCAGCAACAGGGGACCUUCUGAUUGGACGAGCCCACCAACUGUCCGCCAGCUCCACCUGUGGAAUGACCCGCCCCGAACCCUUCUGCAUUGUCAGCCACCUGCAGGAGGAGAAGAAGUGUUUCGUCUGUGACUCAACAACGGCCUACAGCGACUCGGCCAAUCUGACAACGGGUCAUCGCGUGGAGAACGUGGUCACAACCUUCGCCCCUAACAGGCUCAAGACUUGGUGGCAGUCGGAAAACGGUGUGGAGAACGUGAUGAUCCAGCUGAACCUGGAAGCCGAGUUCCAUUUCACUCACCUGAUCAUGACCUUCAAGACCUUCCGUCCUGCCGCCAUGGUCAUCGAGCGGUCGUCUGACUUCGGGAAGACAUGGCAGGUGUACCGUUACUUCGCCUACGACUGCGAGUCGUCCUUCCCAAGUAUCUCCCCGGGUCCGAUGCAGAAGGUUGACGACGUCAUCUGUGACUCGCGGUACUCCGACAUCGAGCCGUCCACGGAGGGCGAGGUCAUCUUCAGAGUUUUGGACCCUGCAUUCCGGAUCGAGGAUCCGUACAGCCCCAGAAUCCAGAACAUGCUGAAGAUCACCAACCUCCGGGUGAAGUUCACAAAGCUGCACACUUUGGGAGACAACCUGCUGGACUCCCGCAUGGAGAUCAAGGAGAAGUACUACUACUCCAUCUAUGACAUGGUGGUCCGCGGCAACUGCUUCUGCUAUGGACACGCCUCUGAAUGCGCCCCCAUCGAAGGCGCCGGUCUAGUUAGGGAAGGCAUGGUUCACGGUCAUUGCAUGUGCAACCACAACACCAAAGGUCUCAACUGUGAGAAGUGCCAGGACUUCUACCACGACCUGCCGUGGAGACCAGCCGAGGGACGCAACACUAACGCGUGCAAGAAAUGUAACUGCAACCAGCACUCGGACUCGUGCCACUUUGACUCGGCGGUGUUCAGGGCUUCAGGAAAUGUUAGCGGUGGAGUAUGUGACGAGUGCCAGCACAACACAGCGGGUUACAACUGUGAACAGUGCCGACCCUUCUUCUUCCAACACCCGGAGCGCGACCUCAGAGACCCCAGGAUCUGCCAGGCCUGCAACUGUGAUCCUCUCGGGUCAAAGAACGGAGGACUCUGCGAUGGCAAGACGGACCUGGUUCUGGGACUCAUCGCUGGUCAGUGCCGGUGCAAAGUGAAUGUGGAGGGAGAGCGAUGUGAGCGCUGCCGACCUGCUCACUUUGGGCUCAGUGACCAGCCUGACGGCUGCAAAGCAUGCACCUGCAGUCCUCUGGGAACAAUCCCUGGUGGAAAUCCGUGCGACAGUGAAACAGGAAGUUGCUACUGUAAGAGACUGGUGACUGGACAUGACUGUGACCAGUGUGUGUCUGAACAUUGGGGCCUCAGCAACGAUCUGGACGGCUGCAGACCAUGUGAUUGUGAUGUGGGCGGAGCCGUGCACAACCGCUGCGACCAGGUGACCGGUCAGUGCGUGUGCAGGGAUCACAUGUUCGGACGCCGUUGUGACCAGGUCCAGUCUGGGUUCUACUUCAUCGCUUUGGACCACUACACCUAUGAAGCGGAGGAUGCAGAGUUUGGACCUGGCGUGACAGUGGUCCAGAGACCUCAUCCUCAGGACCGCACUCCCACGUGGACUGGCAUUGGGCUGGUCAAUGUCCCUGAAGGGGCUUUCUUAGAGUUCUCAGUCAACAACAUCCCUCACUCGAUGGAGUACGACAUCUUGAUUCGAUAUGAACCACAGCUGCCGGAUCAGUGGGAGGAGGUUCUGAUGACAGUCAUGAGACCCGGACCAAUCGGAGCAAACAGCCGCUGCGUGAACACCGUUCCUGACGACGACAACCAAAUGACCUCCCUGCACCCUGGGUCUCGGAACGUGGCUCUUCCCAGACCCGUGUGCUUUGAAAAAGGUCUCAACUACACCGUCCGCCUCAGCCUGCCCUUGUACUCAGCUGCCAGUGAUGUCCAGUCUCCGUACACACUCAUCGACUCGAUUGUGCUGAUGCCACACUGCAGGAACCUGGACCUCUUCAGCGGCUCAGAGGGCGGAGAGACCCCUGGAAACAAUGCGUGGGAGACAUUCCAGCGGUACCGGUGUCUGGAAGACAGCCGGAGCGUCAUCAAGUCACAGACCACUGACAUCUGUCAAAACUUCAUCUUCAGCAUCUCAGCCAUGUUGCACCAAGGGGCCAAAGAAUGCCGCUGUGACCCUCAAGGCUCACUGAGUUCAGUGUGUGACCCAAGUGGGGGUCAAUGCGAGUGCCGGACAAACGUGGUCGGCCGCACCUGUGACCAGUGUGCUCCUGCUACCUAUCAGUUUGGCCCCAAUGGCUGCAAAGUGUGCGACUGUGACCUCCAGGGUUCUCUGAAUCCUUUCUGCAACCAGGUGACUGGACAGUGCGCAUGUGUUCCUGGAGCCUCCGGUCGGCGCUGCGACCGCUGUCUCCCCGGGCAUUGGGGCUUCCCUGCCUGCAGACCCUGUUCCUGCAACGGACACACAGAUGAGUGUGACGCCCUCACUGGGCGCUGCCUCAACUGCCGGGACCACACCACCGGGCACAGCUGCGACAGGUGUUUGGAUGGUUACUAUGGCGACCCUGUUCUGGGCUCCGGAGACCACUGUCGUCAGUGUUUGUGUCCCGAUGGCCCCAACAGUUUGAGACAGUUUGCAGGGAGCUGUUACCGUGUUGUUGAGUCCCAGCAGGUCGUCUGCAACUGCAACCCCGGCUAUCAAGGCGCUCGUUGUGACGAAUGUUCACCUGGUUACUAUGGCAACCCUGGUGAGCCGGGAGGGCAGUGCCAGCCGUGCCAGUGCAACAACAACAUCGACAUGACCGAUCCGGAGUCCUGUGAUCGAAGAACGGGCGAGUGUUUGCGGUGCCAGUACCACAGCGCCGGCCCCUCUUGCCAACACUGCCAAGUGGGGUACUACGGCAAUGCUCUGGCGCAGGACUGUAGAAAGUGUGUGUGUGAUCGCCAGGGCAGCGAGGCCUCCAGCUGUCCUGCAUCAGGUGACUGUGAAUGUGACCGCAGCAGCGGUCAGUGUCACUGCCUCCCCAACGUAACCGGUCGACACUGCGACACCUGCGCUCCCGACACCUGGAACCUGGCGAGUGGGCGGGGCUGCGAGAGCUGCGACUGUGACGGCGAACAUUCGUACAGCUCCUCAUGUGACACGGUGACCGGUCAGUGCUCGUGCAAACCUGGUUUCGGAGGAAGGACCUGCAGAGAGUGUCGGGAGUUGUUUUGGGGUAACCCAGAGGUCAAAUGUCAUGCAUGUGACUGCGACCCACUUGGCACUGCUGACCCCCAGUGUGCCAAAACCACCGGCUUGUGUGUGUGUGUGGAGGGCGUGGCUGGACCACGAUGUGAUACCUGCGCCCGGGGUUUCUCCGGAACCUUCCCCAACUGCCAACGCUGCCACCAGUGCUUUAGUCAGUGGGAUGAAAUCGUGGGUCAGCUGACCAAUCAAACCCACAGACUGGUCAAUAAACUCAACACGAUUAAAGCAAGUGGAAUUAGUGGACCUUACAGAGCUUCCAUGGAGCUCAUAGAGCAGAAUGCAGCAGAGAUCCAGAAGAUCCUGGACCACAAUCCGGCUACACAGCCACUCAGCGAGAUCCAAGAGCUUCUCCAACAGACCAGGGAUUUGGUCGGAGUUCUGGGUCAGAACCUGAACCAAACCGAGCAAACGUUAGACCAGGUGUUGAAGGAUGGGAGCAACGUUGACACAAAACUUGACGUGGUGAUGUCGGAUGCUAAGAAACUAGAGCAGACAGUUCAGGACUUAUUGAAUCAGGUUCAGUUCAUCAAGAACUCUAACAUCAAAGGAGCGUCGGACAGCAUCUCCAAGUACUUCCUGCUAUCCCAGGAAGCGGAGAUCCGAGCAAACGCGUCCACAGUGGACCCUGGUAGCCCAGUGGAGAGUUCAGCCAACCUCCGGGCAGUUGUAGAGGACCACAUGAACCAGACCCGAGACCAGUUUCUUCAGAAGCACGCUGAACAUGCAAAGAAACUGGAUCAGCUGGCAGGAGAGCUGCAAAAUAUCCAGCUCCCAGAACUAAAGCCAUGUAAAGGAGGACAGUGUGACAUGCUGACCAGGGUCAAGGACACGGAGCAGGAGCUUGCUGGUGCCAUGGAGGAGGUGGAGAAGCUCUCGCGGAUGGUGUCAAAGGCCAAACAGGAAGCGGAGCAGGCUAAGCUGAGUGCGCAGAAUCUCAUAACCCGAACUAAUCGGACCAAAGACAGAGUCCAGCAGAGCAAUGAGGAGCUGAGAAGCCUUAUUAAGCACAUCAGAGAUUUUCUGACGCAGGACUCAGCUGACUUGGAGAGCAUUGAGUUAGUUGCCUCUGAAGUUCUUGCCAUGCAGAUGCCCACCACACCAGGUCAGCUCCAGAAUCUGACUGACGAAAUCCGGCAGAAGGUGGGAGAACUGGGGCAUGUGGAAACCAUCCUCCUGCAAAGUUCUCAAGACAUUCAGAGAGCUGAGGCCCUUUUGGACCAGGCCCGCCAGGCCAGUGCGGAGGCUACUGGCGUCAAAGACUCAGCGGAUGCAGUGAAGCAAGUUUUAGAAGAAGUCCAGCGAGUCCAGACGUCCACCAGCAGCAUGAUCAAGGAAGCAGCUGCACACAUCCUCGCAACAAAUCAGCUGCUGUCAUCUGUGCAGUCGAACACGUCAGAUGCAGAAACGCUGCUGAACAACGCCACCCAGAGGCUGCAACGACUGCAAGAGGACGUGACAAUGCUGCGGAAUAAAAGCGACACUGUCACUGCGAGCAGCGACCAGGCCCAGCAGACUGCAGCGAGUGUCCAGAAGGUGGUGGCAGAGAUACAACAGGAAAUGGAUGGAGGGCUAAAAGAAAAGUUCAACACCGUUGAGGAGCUGAUCGAUCAGAAGGCAGGGGGUGUUGCCAGUGCCAAAAAGAGGGCAGAAAAACUACAGCAGGAAGCCAAAGACCUGCUCAUGCAAGCCAGCGAGAAACUACGGCUGCUGAAAGGUCUAGAGAAGUCUUAUGAGGAGAACCAGCGAUCACUGGAGACCAAGGCAGAGCUUCUGGUGGAGCUGGAGGCCUCAGUGAAGGAGCUUCUCCAGCAGAUAGGGUCGAAAGUCACCAUCUACAGUACCUGCCUUUCCUAACAACGACAAAAUAAAACACUUUAUCUUUCUCAAUAAAAUUUCGAGAUCAAGUCAGUCAU